AUGUAUAAACUGUUUCAGGAAGCAGUGCCCGUCCAAGGAACGGUAAUUCCAAAUCAGCAGAAGAUUGGUAACAAGUUGUUCAAGGAAGGAGGCAAAGGCAAUAUUCAGUAUACGAUCAUUGCCAUUAUCAACAACACAUCUCAACAUUUCUUAUAUCUCUGCGAUUGUUCAGAAAAUGUGAGUUUUAUGGUUGAAAAUUGAGGGUUUUAGGUAACAAAUGUUGGUUAUUUGACCUGAAAUGAAAGUUUUUGGGCUUAUAAAAACAAUUUUUAGGUAAUAAAGAGACUUUUCAAGCUUUUAAAGACAUUUUUUAGGUAACAAGUCUUUAUUUUUAGUUAGAAAUUGAGGUUUUUUAAUUAAAAUGGGGAUUUUAGGUUGCAAUUGCCACUUUUAGGCUUAUAACUUCAAUUUUAGGUGGUAAAAGGUCUUUUUAAGUUUAUAAAAACAGUUUUUAGGUAACAAGUUUAAUUUUAAAGCUUAUGUUCCACUAAAAUUAGCUUUUGUUACCUAAAACAAUAUAAAUUUCAGAAACCAAGAUGUGUUGUGAAAUCAUACAAGAGAAGUGGCACGUUGGAUCGGAGUAUCUUCAGGGAGAUGUUCGUAUGGGCGUAUCUGAAGCGGUUUGGAAAGUUCGAACGUCUCUGUCCACCAAUCACAUCGCCGAACGAUCAUUCGCUAUCUUUCCCCGUUCUCGGGCCAUCUUUGGGCAAUUUGAGGGUAGGUUAAUAUAAAUAAUGUCAUGUUUUUUGAGGUUUUUGUUUAAAAUGGCAUUUUUGUUGUAAUUUAGGUAUGGAAUGGCAAUUUUUGUUCAAAAUGUUACCUAAAAAUUUUUUUUCAAUGUAAAAAAAUUUUUUUUUCAGAAAACCUUUGGUCCGUUAACAGUGGAAGCUACAUUAAGAGUCGGAAUGGAAAUGCUCCACGCCAUCCACGAACUUCAUGAGACCGGACUGGUUCACAGAAACAUUACUCCAGAACACUUUUGUCUACAUUCACACAAUGCGCCAGGGCAUUUGUUUGGGAAGAUGGUGCUCAUUGAUCUUACUUCGGCAUUGUAUGUUGAUUACUCUGUUGUAUUGUAUUGUGAAGGGAAUUAUCUUAUCCUACCUUACCCUACCGUACCUUACCGUACUCUAUCUUACCCUAUUCUAUUACACCCUGCCCUACUCUACUGUCUCUUUGUUCUACCUAUACUUCUACCUUUACCCCUAUCUCUACCUUACUUUAUUUUGCUCUACUUUACUCUACUGUACUUUGCAAUAGAGUAAAGUCUAAGCUACUUUACUCUACGGUAACUUAUGGCGGUCAAUUUUCUUUAUUUCACUUCAAUAGAAUUAUUUUUAGACCCUACUGUUCAACAGUUCCAUUCAAUGAAGUUAUUCCAAACUUGCCUCCGGCUACUAAUGGUGUCUUUUCACCUGCUGCAAGAGAUGACUUUUACAAAUAUGGUAGAAAUGAUGACCUAAUUUCUUGGAUUUUCAUGGCGAGUUUAACAUACAUUUUAUAUUGACCAUAACAAGAGCUUUUUAUUGUGUAUCAAGAUCAUUAUAUUUCUAUGUAUAAUAUUAGGUUGUUCACUUAAUUCUGCGCCCCCUCUCAAAGCAAAUUUGUGGGGUAAGGGGGCGCAGAAUUAUGUAAAUAACCUAAUGUAUGCUAAUUGAAUUUUUUUUGACUUGGUUGAUAUUAAGGAAAAAAAAGUCUUGUCUUCAAUUUAUAUGCACUUGCAUGGUGAAAAACGACAAGACUUUUUGAAGACAUUAACUUUGGGUUAGAUGGGUAAAUUUUGGGUUUUGGAGGUGAGAUUUGAAGGUUUUUUUUGAUUUUGGAGUUUCUGAAUUUUUAAAAAAGUUUUGAAGUCAACGUAUGUUUUAUUAUGUCUUACCCACCUCAUUUCAGAUGCUCUACCUUCGUCAUCCAACCGACCUGCCAUGGGAGCCCAAGGAACAACGCCAUUUGAAGAGACUGUACUGGACUGACAUUUCCAAAAUGCUCUAUGUUUUUGGCCCAAUAGCAGGCCCAUUCAUGUACCAAAUCGUGAUGCAUAUUAAGAUGUUGAACAACAGUCAAGCGCCGAGGUAUUUGAGGAUCUACAAGUGGCUGAAAGAGGCGGUGACAGCGCUGACUGACGGCAAAUUCUCAAAACAUUACGUUAAGUCUGGUGUUCAAGAGGAACUGAACUGUGCCGUGUGGAAUCUUGGCCAACCUUGCGCUUUUAGUUACUAUCAACAGGUCAUUGAGGUGGGUCUUGAAUGAUUUUGUCUAAUAUUAUGUUGUUUGAAUAGUUCUGAGCCUCUUUGUUUUUUGAUAUUAGGUUGUUCAAAUAAUUCUGAGCCCUCUUGUAUUUUGAUAUCAGGUUGUUCAAAUAAUUCUGUGCUCUUUUGUAUUUUGAUAUUAGGUUGUUCAAAUGAUUCUGAGCUACCCAUCAAAGCAAAUUUAAUGUAUUAGGGACGCAGAAUUUAAUGAACAACCUAAUAGGUAACAUUUCGCCGAGCUAAAGUAAUAAACUUUUAUAUUCAGUCCGAACUGGAGUACGACAAACUAGCCGAGAUGUUCAAAGAAGAGUUCCAAGCCAGUCCAGAGGCCGUGGAACAGUUCAACAAAGCCCAAGAACUGUCGGUCGAGGCUCGUGCCGCCUUCAAACGAACCUACGGCAAAUGGAAACGCUAUCAACCAAUGUGCCUGGAGUUUGGCGUUCCACUCUGCAAGUUCACCGAGGGCUUGAAGGGCAAGAAGAUGAAGACGGCGAGAGACAAUGCGAAAGAGAAGACGGUAGAUGAUGAGACGGCCGAAUGCACAACAAUGACAAUUGACAUGCAGAACGUACCGGCUCAUAUGAGGCCUGAAGUUGUGAAGGAAGUGAAGGAUGUGGCUACGACGUCACAGAAGAAUUACAAAACAAAGUUACCGGCGGUAUCGGUCAAUUACUCUGCUCAAGCGGACAAGAUCAGCCCGAUUAAUGGGGCUAAUAGGAAUGAAAGAACGGUAACUAUAAUAGUACUGAUUAAUGAUUAUAUUAGUUAGUCCAAGUAAUUAUGUGCCCCCCCCCCUCUCAAAGCAAACUUUUAAGGUUAGGGGACACAGGAUUAUUUGAAAAACCUAAUAGAUAAGGUAGGGGUAAAAAUGAUGAUUUGGACUGAAAAGAGAAGGACAGGGGUGAAAAAAGUUGAUUUAGAUUGGGCAGGAAUUGGGGGAGAAAGGGGUAAAAAAAGGCAAUUUUACACUGCUAAGGCAGGGCGCGGUAAAAAAAGGUGGUUUUAUAUUGUACAAGCAAAGAGAAGGAUUAAAAAACUCUGUUUUGACCAAUAAAAAGCGUUCCAAACAAAAAUGCCACGAACCGGGAUCGAACCGGUGACCUUUAGAUCUUCAGUCUAACGCUCUCCCGACUGAGCUAUCAUGGCACACGUUGCGAUGGGUUUUGAAAGGGCCUGAAAUUUAUUAUUUAUUGUGUUUUUUUUUACUUUAGGGCUUAUUAGGUGGUUAAAAAUAAAAAAUACGCCUUUUUUCAAAAAAGUGUGGCAUUUCAAUUUUUGAUUUUUUUACUUUUAAAAUUUCAGAUGUUCACUCUGAUUCCAAAGUAUCCUGGCCAAGUUACUUCAGCUAGAGAGAAGAACGAGGAGCUUGUCCCUGCCAACGUCGGGAUUCCAAGUCUUGGAAGUAAAGAAGAAGAUAAGGAAGGCAAAUCACCCAAAACUCCAAAGACAAAACUGCCGGGCAAGACUCGACGCAGAAAGGGAACUUGA